AUGCAGACACUACCAAACUCACCACCUCUCCUGCGUCAUCCCGGCGAUGACGAUGACGUGGACAUAGACUUCAGGGAUGUCUUUGGUGGUCCUCCUAAAAGACGGUCCAAAGUCAUUGAACCAAGUAGACAUAGCUUCAGUGAAAUCAGGAGACGUGACGUCAUCGUCGACAACAGCGCGUUGAUUCUCCGAGACGAGAAGCCUGUGUUCGGUGAAGACCCGUCCAUGCGUCGUCGUUUCACUGCUGAUGACUUCUUUGACGAUAUCUUCAGAGUGAAUGAAUCUUCUUCAUCAUCUUCUCCGCAGAGGAAGAUAAAGAACGAGCAAGAAACGUUCGGGUCAUCACUUCCGGGUUCUCGGAUCCUUAGCCCGGCUCGUCCUGUCCCUCACAAAGCCGAGUCUCCCGGGACUUCGUUUCCAGCACAGUUCAGUCUUCCUGCAAAGCUAAUCAAAGGGACAGAGAUUCCUACAUUUAGUUCAGCUGCUCGGAGUUUGAGCAGAAAUAAGGAAGCUACUUCAAGCUCUCCUUUGUCAAGAACUUCAAGCAAAGCUGAUAUGGUAGGCUCUACCACUGCUAAACCAGAUUCAGAUGGUCCAAAGGUUGUUAAUGGGAAAGGGAGGCAGUUUCAUUUUUCUAUCUACAAGUGGCCUAAUAAAGGAGUUCCUGUAGUCAUUUGGGGAAGUUCCAGAUUGAGCUCUAUGGCUAAAGCUGAAGAGACAGUUGAAAAAACUCAUAAAGAUUUCGGAGGAGAGGAAAAGAGUCUUGGUGUUCAGAAAGAAGAAGAGAUGUCUGAACAAGCCUUCUCUAGCAAUGUGUCAAAAGCGAGGGAGGCUAGUGUGAAACCUCUUCAUUCAUUUUUAAAUGAUAAGGACGAAAGACAAGGUGAGGAUAUAGUGUUAGAGAAGGAAGCAAGAAAAGGUAAAAGCAAAGCAAAGAGCAUGAGAAGUUCUGUAGGAGAUUCAAGAAGCAAAAAGAAACCACAAGGUAGUAGAAGUUCUUUGGAUAGUCCAAUGUCUGAUAAUAAAUCUAGCUACGCAAGUACAUCUUCAGCACCAGAAGUAGGCAAAGAUGGAGCCAAAGGGAAGGUGAUGGACUUUGUUAAGAUUUUUAGUCAAGGAUCAGGUGAGGAAUCUCUUGGAAAAAGCUCUAGAUGGAGAGCUAAAGAAGUUCCUAUGAGUGAUAUUAAUAAAGAGGGUGCUAAGGCCAAAGCAAGUGAAAAAGUUCCUGAUCAACAAACUCCAGUUACACCCGCCAUGGAACAGGAUCAAAAACCUUCACAGACAACUCAGCAAAAGGUUCCAAAUAGUAGUAAGCCUAGUGCAGGUGUUACUGAACAAGAGAAGAGACAGGAACCGAGCACAGCACAUGCUACCUCAGAGGAUAUAGACGAGCCCUUCCAUGUUAAUUUCCUGGUGGAAGAUAUAACACAAGAUGAGAACAAAAUAGAAGAAACCAGAAAUGAUGCUGUGGAAUUCCAGAACAUUGAUGCGAAGAUACGCAAGUGGUCAAGUGGUAAGAGUGGAAACAUUCGGUCUCUACUGUCUACACUGCAGUAUAUUCUAUGGCCCGGGUGUGGAUGGAAGGCUGUUCCUCUCAUGGAUAUGAUAGAAGGAAACGCAGUUCGAAAAUCAUACCAAAGAGCUUUACUAAUCCUUCAUCCAGAUAAGUUACAACAAAAGGGUGCUUCUGCAAACCAGAAAUACAUGGCUGAGAAAGUUUUUGAGUUGUUACAGGAAGCAUGGGACCAUUUCAACACUCUUGGACCGGUUUAAAGGGAAGACAAAUCUUUUAGUCUUUUAGUUCCUUACACAAAGGCUAUAUAUACGUUAUUAAAAAGUGUACAGUACAGUUGUAGUUCUGAAUCAAUAAGAUGCUGCAGAAUUUAAAUUUGUCACAUAGGUUUUUACUUGCA